UGUCAAUGUGCCUCAGAUACCUAAGUCAAGUCCCGACACUUAGGCAGAUCGGGGGUAAUUCGCUGUGUACGCGACCACCACCGAACACACCUCCAUUUUCGCAUUGGGCCCCGUAUCAUCUCAAACAGGCCUUCCAGUGUCAUUUGCAGUCUCGAUGUGCUCUGCUCGCUCCCCAAAUCCACAUCUGAGCUUUUCUAUCGCACCCGAAGACGUUCAAACAUGUUGUCAAGCACGAACCAUCGCGAGGACGCGUUGGGUGCCGAAUCUUCGACAAUCUGCAUCCAAGAGCUGUCAGUGUACGGCCAGGACGGUGUCUUGGCCCGGCCCCAGGGAUACGCUGUGGAAGCCCUAAGCCACGAUCACGGUGCUUCCCACGUCAUUUCUGCCCGUCUAGUGGCCUUCCUAAGCAGCCGCAAUGUAGACGCAAUCCGGGGCAGUGCAAGAGCCGGAGACUGCUUCAUCAAGCUCGACUGGACUUUCCCUGGCAGUUCGUACCCCAAGUUCACGACUCGUCAUCUUCUCGACGUCGACGACACCGCGAGUGACGUGAGCUUCAGCGGCGGGCUCGACUGGGCUCACAGAAUCUUGGUCGCCUCGCAGCACCUACAACCUCCCGGCAAUUAUCCCUCCCAGGCAUGCCCGCUCGAACCAAGGUUCUGCAACAGACCAGAUUGGCUUGUCCAACCGCCACUGCGCUAUCCGUUUGAUGGGGAUCUCACCUUUGAAUUUGCCGAAUUACCAGAAGACGAUGACGAGGACUGCGUCUCUUUGUGUUCGGAUCCCACCUCUUCAACUGUUACCUUGAACUCAAGUGCACGCUAUUCGGCGUUGGGCAUGGACCAGGCAAGCGAACCGCCAAUUUGGGGACUUUGUCGAGAGGACAGCUGUGCGGACGGCCACCUCGCCAACGACGACCUCCUCGUCGACGACGACAUGAACAAGCAACACGAAGCUCUCCGGCUGCAGAGGAUGGAAGCCGAGGCCAUGCUUGACCGUAAUGGCGACGCAGGCGGUCUCCUUGCCGUAAUGGCCUCCGCGUCGGGCUCCAUUGGAAAUUGGGACUGCCUUGGUAGGCCGAUCUUCUAG